UCACUACCCAAACUUCAUAGCCAAGAUGAGGACGGCCCCAACACUCAGACCAACUACACAGGAACGGGAAACUUUGAACCCAUUCCCCACGAACAUGACUUAUGUGAGAGAGUCGUUAUAAAUAUAAGCGGUCUUCGGUUCGAGACGCAACUCCGGACGUUGAAUCAGUUUCCGGAAACCCUACUGGGAGACCCGGCGCGUCGGAUUCGCUACUUCGAUCCUCUACGAAAUGAGUACUUCUUCGAUCGCAACCGGCCCAGUUUCGACGCCAUCCUAUACUACUAUCAGAGCGGAGGGAGGCUCAGAAGACCAGUCAACGUGCCACUCGACGUCUUCGCGGAGGAGAUUAAGUUUUACGAGCUCGGUGAAAUCGCCAUCAAUAAAUUCAGGGAGGAUGAGGGCUUCAUCAAGGAGGAGGAGCGGCCUCUGCCGGAGAACGAAUUCCAAAGGAAAGUGUGGCUGCUGUUCGAGUACCCGGAGAGCUCGCAGAAUGCUAGAGUGGUUGCCAUCAUCUCCGUCUUCGUUAUCCUCCUUUCCAUUGUGAUCUUUUGCCUUGAGACACUACCGGAAUUCAAGCACUACAAGGUGUUCAAUACCACGACCAACGGCACUGUGGUGGAAGAGGACGAGGUGCCCGAAGUCACGGAUCCAUUCUUCCUCAUAGAGACCAUUUGUAUCAUUUGGUUCUCCACUGAACUAUUAGUGAGAUUUUUCGCAUCGCCACUCAAGGGAGCGUUUUUGAAAGACGUCAUGAACAUUAUCGAUAUAGUAGCUAUCAUUCCUUACUUUAUUACGUUGGCGACUGUGGUAGCCGAGGAGGAGGGCGAGGUGAUGGUCAUCCCUGCAGAGACACUUUCCCCGCACGAAAAGGGGUCAAACCAGGCCAUGUCCUUAGCCAUACUACGAGUUAUUCGACUGGUCCGAGUAUUUAGAAUAUUCAAAUUGUCUCGACACUCCAAGGGUCUCCAGAUUCUCGGAAGAACGCUCAAGGCCUCCAUGAGGGAACUCGGUCUCCUAAUAUUCUUCCUCUUCAUCGGCGUAGUGUUAUUCUCGUCGGCCGUGUACUUCGCUGACGCCGGGUCUGAGCGCUCCUGCUUCAAGAGCAUCCCGGACGCGUUCUGGUGGGCCGUUGUCACCAUGACCACUGUGGGCUAUGGAGACAUGAGGCCCGUGGGUGUGUGGGGCAAAAUCGUCGGCUCACUGUGUGCCAUCGCCGGCGUACUCACCAUUGCUCUUCCUGUGCCCGUCAUUGUGUCAAACUUCAACUACUUCUAUCACCGGGAGACAGACCAGGAGGAGAUGCAGAGUCAAAACUUCAACCACGUCACCAGUUGUCCCUACCUGCCUGGCACUGUUGGCCAGCACCUGAAGAAGGACUCGUUAUCCGAGUCGUCUUCAGACAUUGGGGAGGCUGAGCAGGGGCUGCUCCUGUCGCACGAACUCAGUAAAAAGCAGAAUUGCAACCCGCGCCACAACAAUAAUAUAAACGCUAUGAGCAUCGAAACUGACGUCUGACACUUGUGUGGCAGGAAGGAUUCAAGCAGUGCCAAUACUGAGUGCACAAAGUAACUACAAAGUGGGUCAGGUUGCCGCGCCGCCUUCACCCGCGUGGAGGAGGCAGCCCAGAGCAGCACAGGGUCAUGCUGGGUCAGGAGGUCAUCCAGCAUAUCUAUUCGAGUCACACAUAAGAUGCAUCAAUUGGCCGUCAUUAGUUGUAACAUUAGUCAACGGGGGAAAACAUGUAUAUACGACAAGCAUUUUCAUAACGAAUUGUGUAUUUUUGUAUCAUUCUGCAUCUUCGAGAACACUGCUGGAGAUUGGAACGCACCUUCAAAAACGAGUAACAACAACAGCAGUAGAGAAAUAAUAGAAAAAUUGCGCAACCAAGGUCACGUUACAGGGUUAAUUUAAGACAAAGCGCGGUACCUGGUUGCCCUUCAAAAUGGACAGUGAAAUUGGGCUUUAUAUUCUAAGUGGAGUUCGUAUGAACCCAACCCGAGACGUCCGCUCCUGACCCGCCAGACCCAAGUGUGGCGAAUCAAAACUAUGCGAGAGAGAGAGAGAGAGAGAGAGAGAGAGAGAGAGAGAUGCUGCAGAGAUGGACUGAGAAAUGUUCGAUAUACUGUAUAUGUGAUAACCUCGUAAUCUUUAACAAAAAAAAAUAAUACCGGUGGAAGGAUAAUGGUUUUAAGUAGACGAGAGAAUUGUUUAAGGUAAAAAAAAAAGUGUAUUCAUGUUACUCCAAAA